AAUGUUCAGCUAUUGCUUAGAGUUUCAGUUACUAUUUUAUUGAAUUCAUUAUUGAUAUUCUUCAGUUUCUUGUUCUUUUUUGAGUGUAAAAGAAAUCAUGUCGAGACUGUGUUCCUCAAGCUCUGAUUAUAAUUUCCCAUCAGAAAACCCGUCUACUGGAAGUGUAAAUACCAUUACAUUGCCAAGCACACGUGAAAUUUCGAGGCAGGAAUCAUUGGUAGGCAGGAGCAUCAAUCGCACAACAUUUAAUUUUUCUGAUCGAACCUCGGCAACCAGAGCUUCGUACGGGAAUUAUCGUACGUCACGAUUUCAGUAUGGACGUGGAAGAAGCUUAUAUGAAACUGGGGACCGCAUGCGCGCAACAGUGUUUGCUAAAUAUGAUGUAGGCAACGUUGACACUCGGACACAGUAUAGCCACAUGAGACGUCGUCACGCUGCGGAUGCAAAAUAUAAGAAACCCUUCGAAUUUACCGUCGAGGAUGAUAUGAAAUACGUACCGAAGUACAUUUCGCUUGAAUCCAACGAUCCGAGCUAUACACGUUUUAAAGUGCCUUUUCAGAUGACAUGUAUGCAGCGCUAUAAAAAUAGCGUCAAGAAAUACAAUCAACAGUUUUCUAAGGAAAUCUCUCAAUUGAUCGAUAAUCAGUCUUCAGCUCGGGAUGCUACCUACUUUGUGCGGAUAGUGUCUUACACUACGUUAUGGCCACCAUAUCAUAAUGAACGUGAACUGCAUGAUACAAGUCGCAGCUUCUUUCGUUUGACUCCCAAGGAGAGCACACGCCUUCAAUACAUAAUGUCAACCAAUUUCUCGUAUAUUUAAAAAGAACAACUCACAAUAA